AUGAUGCUGCGCCAGAGAAAAGGUUGGGGUAACUGUUCAGAGCAGGAAUUUGGAAGAGGUGGAAUAAACAUUGGUGGAGGUGGGAGUGAGUUUCCCGUGCAGGAAUGUGGAGGAGGUAGAUUUAACAUUGGUGGAAGUGGAAGUGACUUUUCCGGCCAGGAAUAUGGAGAAGGUGGAAUAAACGUUGCCGGGGGUAAGGGUGUUGGGGGAGGUGGGACGACUAUUGGUGGGAGUGGCGGUGGAGGUGGCGGGGGUGAAGGUGGAGGAUGUAUGAUAAUAGUUAUUGGUGGUGGUGGAGGUGCUGAAGGUGUAGGUGGGAGCCGUGGAUCGAUCGGUGGGAGAGUUUUUGUGCUGGCGAUGGUGCGGAACAAACCUAAAAGAGUUCCGCUUCAGAUAUUGGUUAUGGGCUAUGUUCACAAGUAUGAGUUGGCGGAGGUUGAGUUUACGCAGGAAUGUGGAAGAAGUAGAAUGAACAUUGGUGGGGGUGGAAGUGAUGGUGGAGGUGGCAUUACUAUUUGUGGGAAGUGUAUGUGGUGGUUGCGGAUGUGA